AUGGAACAUAUACAAGAGGAAUACCAAACUCAGAAGCAACUCUUCAAAACAAACGUGGAGUUUAAUCUAUCAAUAACUGUGCAAAUGGAACCAUCUUCUCCCAUCAGAAUGAACACACGUCGACAUGCUCGUUCUAUCAGCUUUCCAUCAAGAACUCAUCCGCUCCUUCCUCAGUUCAAUGAACACCUUAACAGACUCAAGGAAACGGAGUCCACAUCUAAUUCACUAUUUUCUCUUGGAGAUAGAUUGAGUGGCCUUCAAGAUCUGUAUGUUUAUGCCAAUGACUUGAUACAUAUGCAGUCAUUGACAUUGGUCCAAGAAUCCAAUAAGAAACUAGCAGAUGAGGUGUUGGAUACAUAUAUCAAGAUCUUGGAUGCAUGCACAGUAACCAAGGACAUUUUCUCACAAGCCAAGUACGAUGUGCAAGAGCUUCUAUCAUCUCUCCGAAGAAGGAAAGAUGCAACUGAUGCAUCUGGAAAGUAUUUGGCUUCCAGAAGGAAGAACAAAAAGGCAAUUCAAAAGGCUUUAAAGGGUCUCAAGAAUGUCAAGAUCUCCGAAAGAGCUGAUCAAUUGGAAGCCGUUGGUUUAUUCAACAGUGUCCAAUCUGCCACAAUUUCUGUACUUGAAUCAUCAUUGACUUAUGUUAUGGGGACAAAGGCACGCUCAAGCUUCGUCUCGAAGCUAAUCCGCAACGAAAGCAAGGACACAAACAAAAAUGAAUUUGACCAAAUAAAUGAAGCUUUGGGAGUGCUGGAUAUUGAGAGCAUCCAGUUACAGUUGGAAGAGAUGGAAUUCAAAAUUCAAGAUAUUGAAGAAGGACUAGACUGCUUGUUCAAACACUUGAUCAAGACUAGAGUAUUUCUCCUCAACAUGCUUAGCUACUAG